CCCCGCAUUUCAGACAGAUGUUUGACCAAUCCCCGCGCGGGUUGUGAACGCCACAGCAGCCAGCAAACACUGCAGUGCAGCGGCCAACCAGCGACCAGCUAGCCCGCCUGACAGCUCACACGGAAAUAUGGAUGAGAUAACCCGGGAUAACGGCCGUCAGACUGACCCCGUCCACGUGGGCCCGUAAACAUGUCCACAGAUGACAGCAUCUCUGAGGACGUGUCCAGCUCGGGCGCCCUGAGCCAUGGCCGUGUCAGCGCGGACGGCGGGAAGGAGAGCGAGGCCUCCCUGGAGUCCUCCGAGGGGACGUCGGCCUCGGGGCCGGCCGUGCCGGACGAGCGGCGCAGGCCCUCCCAGACCAAAGGAGGCGCCGUGGAGAGCAGAACCGUGGACCUCACACCAGCGUGCAAUAAGAUCAGGCGUCUCUGUCUGAGCUCAGAUGAAGCCUUUGAGCAAACCAGGAGCCUCCCGUUCAUCAACCCCAGCUCUCUGGAGACCCUCAGGGCUCUGGUGCAGGAGAUCCAGAGCAGCGGGGAGACCGACCCCGAGGUCUGGAAGGACUGUGAGAGUCGCUGGUUGCAUCUGUUCCAGCUGGUCGAAAAGCAAUACCAGGAGCAGAUCCUGGCCCAGCAGGAGCAGUACCAGUGCCAAAUUCAGUUGAUUCAGGAUGAAAUCAAAGCUCUGCUGCAGCUCCAGAACCGGCAGGCCAGCAUGCAGACGCACGCCGACUUCUCUCCGGCCCCCCUCGCCAAAACCCCCACAGACACGAAGGACACCUAUGUGUUCCCCCUCGUCCACCGCACGGCGCCCGCGCAGCCCGACUGCCUGACAGCCCCCGUCCACAGCACCUUCAGCUCUCCUUCGCCGCCACCUCCCAGAUCACAGAGCAACAACCAGGCGGAGGAGCACGCCACCACGGGGCUCAGCAGCGGCUACGGCACCCUGACCACCUGGGAGAGCAGCCUGGAACCUGCAGGGGGGGGCUUAGAAGAGACCGAAGGAGCGGAGCACCUCAGAUGGAGCUCCAACCUUCAGGAACGCUCGGAGACGGCGGCCACGUUCCAGCCGCCGUUCUCCGGUGAAAGGGCUGAUGGAGGGAAGGAUCCGGCAGAGAACCAGCAGAAGUCACCAGAAGUUUGUCAGCAGUUCACCUCCUGGGCUCAGAGACAGAAACUCAGACCCAAGAAGAGCAAGUCGGAACAGGCGUCACCCGAAACCCCAGAGGAGCACGGUCAGACCAGCAGCUUCAGAGAACCCAGCACAGAGACCCGUCUACAGGACCUGGACCAGCAUCCAGCUGUCAGGCCGGCGUCCAGCUGCCUCCCGCUGAUGAGGAGCGACAGCCUGAUGUCCGAGGCCUCAGGUUUUACUUACUGGCGCCUAAAUGAGUGUGAGCUCUACCGCCCCCUACCGGACAGCUUUGACAGCGGCGCUUACCUCCUCCUGCAGGAGGCGUCCCACAGCCUGAACCCCCCCCAGGAGCCCCGGCUGUCCCUCAGAGAGAUUUAUCAGAACAAGCGCAGAGACUGGAGACGGUCUGACGGCGAAGGCUCCGGCACUUCUCGCUCGCUGUCGCCACAGGUGCUGACGUUGGACGCAACGGCAAACCCGCGGCAGUCCGACCACACCUCCGGCUUCACCUCCCCCUCCUUCUUCAGCAGCCCCUCCCUCGCCGCUCAGCCUCACCUGUACCCCAGAGUCGGGACCCCCGUGACCCCUGACAGCAUGGCAGAGUAUAACCCCAACCCCCCCGACUGCGUCUCCGAGGCCUCCAGUGUUUCCGGGCCGUCUCCCCCCAAAACCCAGCUCUCCCCCACAGACAGCCAGCAGCACACGGCCACCGAAGAGGAGGGGAGCCGCGCCCUCACCGGCCCCCCGAAGCCCGGUCCAACCCGCGGUUCUGCUCUGAGGCCGGCGGAGGGUCCACAGGCGGAGAGAUCUUCAUCUCUGGAGGAUCCCAUCGUCCUUUCUCUACUCCGGCAGAACCUGAGAGAAAAGCAUUCCCGACACGUGGCGGACCUGAAGGCCUACUACGAGUCCGAGAUCCAAACCCUGCGGGAGAAACUCCAACUGCGAGACCUGCCGCGGGAUCUGGAGAAGAGCAACCAGGCGCUGACAGAGAGGUGCAGACACCUGGAGGAGGCUCUGGUCGACGCCACGCAGCACAUUCAGGACCUGGAGCAGACCAACCUGUCGCUGGAAAAGAAACUGGCAGAGUGGGCGGAGCGAUACGCCGCGGCCGCCGCCACCGUGAAGUCGCUGCAGCAGCGCCUAGAAGAAAGCAAGCGCUCGGGCAGAGAGAAGGACGCCCUGGCGAGCCGCUUGAGGACCCGCGUGCAGCAGCUGGAGGAGGCGGCGCAGACGGCGUGCCGGGACGCCGACGAGAAGCAGGCGAGGAGGGAGAGAGAGUACAAGAUGCUGCAGGACCUGCUCUCAGAAUACGACUGUCUAACCAAGGAGCACGAGUCUGUGAAGAACAACCUGGUGUCCACAGAGAGCAAACUCGUGGACGCCAGCGAUCACAUCUCAGAGCUGAAGAGAGUUGUCUCCAAGCUGGAGGCUCAGGUCAAGCAGCUGGAGCACGAGAACCAGGCCCGGGCCCGGUACGUUCCCCAGAGCCACGCUCAGCCGUCGGGGGCGGGCCUCUUCCACCACCCGGACCUGCUGCUGUCGCCAAGCAAAAGUGCAGUGGAGCCGGACGUCUCUCGCAGGAAGUCCGACCAGCUGAACGGCGCCCGGAAGCCACAGAACCAGCAGGCGGGUCUCCAGAGGAGGUCGGCCUCGUCGGGGAGCUCCGCGGACGCGUCCUCAGCUGAUGGGAGCUGGAGGUGUGCAUCUCCUCCCGAGUGCGAGCAGAGUCUUCCUCGGAGCAGAGCGCCGGAGUGGGGCGGAGCCCGGAGAGACGGGUCCAGCCCGCUGACGCCAGUGAUGAAGGCCCUGAUAGAGCUGGAGGAGACUAGAGCCACCGAGAGCCGGGCGCCAUGGGUCGGCCGCCACAGGACCACGGUCGGGUUCGUGGAGCGGAAGCACAAAGAGCUGCUUCCAGAGCGAGCCGAGGUUCUCCAUGAACCCAAACCUGCAGCCGAGCGAGGAGGACCCAGAGGAGCGGCUCUGCUGCGAGCCCGGAGGAGUCUGUCUCCAGACAGCCACCGCUCGUCCUCACUGCCCCCGCCAGCGCAGAGGAACGGCGCCCCUACCACGCCCACGAAGAGAGAGACGUUACUGAAGCCUCUGUCUGCAAAGUCCAGCCCCAAACGCUGCCCCACCGAGAACUUCUCCACCGCGUUCGGUCACCCGCUGCCACGAGAGGAGCACCUGCAGCACAGGUUGGACGGAGAGACGGACAGAAGACGCCACUCGUUCCACAGCGGCAGCCCCAGAAAGAGGCUGCAGUUCGCCGACAGAAACAGUAGCCGAGAGCCUCAGGAUCCAGCCUUCGGCGCCAGCACCAAACCCUCCGAAGGUGCCCCCCAGCUGGGCUGGGAGCAGCAGCGAGGCUGCAGCGGGCCGGACCUGCAGGACCCCGGCGAGGACUCGGUUCUGCUGAACCCGGACAGACCCGAGUCUCUGGCCGAGGCGGAGAGGCUCUUUGACGAGCUCACUCAAGAAAAACUGCAGGUUGAAGCCGCUUUGAGCCGGAUCCCCGGAGCAGGCGGGAGAGUCAGUCUGCAGACCCGCUUGGAUGAGGCGGCUUUAGAGAACCGUCUGGAGCGUCUGAACCGCGAUCUGGGCUCCAUCCGAAUGUUCCUGAAGAGAUUCCACAUCCUCCGCUCUUCUGCCAACGUUUAGGAAUGUCACACGGAUUGUACAGCAGACCUACACCCACGUCUUUUAUACUGGUUACUCUGGGAUAUUUUUUAUACGAUGGAAACUUAUUGCGAUAUUUGGAGUCUAUUUUUAGUAAAACAGAUUUGUACAGUCGUUUACUUUUAUAGUCAGGAAAAUAUUGAAAUGAUAAAGUUUUAUGACAUUAAAGAGUACAUUUCUUCUUAAAGAAUUUGUGUUUAAAAUGUGAAUUUACAGUGUAACAUUCCUUUAUAUUGAAUACCACAACAUCCAUUUUUAAUGUUUUUGUCAAUAUUUACCAUUUCGAUUUUUAUGGAUUCAUGUUUUUAUUGCUUUGAAUGUUUUUUAGUUCAUAACAUUUUGGGCCAAACUUACUCAACUUGAAGGAAAUAUUUGUUUACUUGAAUCAAUUUGCCUUUUUUCUUGUUUACUUUCCAUUUUGAGGCUUUUUUCUUUCAGUUUGUGAUGGACUUCUAUUGCAGUGUCGACACAUUUCAGAUUAUCAGCGACCGUUUCUCCUUUAAGCUGUCAGGAUUUUUUAUUUAUUUACUUUUUUGCACUGUUUUCUGUCUUCUUUUUCUCACAGAUUGAACUUUUAACUGGACCUGUAAUGUUGUUGCACAAUAAAGCAAUCUUUUUUUAACAAA